GCCAGGCAGAGCGGGCGGAGCGCACGGGCCGGGGCGGAGCGGAGUCAUCCGCAGAGCAGCCCCUCCCGGCCGCGGCCGUCGACCCCGGACCCGGCCCGGCUCUAUGGACAGGAGCUCGCUGCUGCAGCUUAUCCAGGAGCAGCAGCUGGACCCUGAGAACACGGGCUUCAUCGGUGCAGACACCUUCACUGGCUUGGUGCACAGCCAUGAGCUACCCCUGGAUCCAGCCAAGCUGGACAUGCUGGUGGCCCUGGCCCAGAGCAAUGAGCGGGGCCAGGUCUGCUACCAGGAGCUGGUGGACCUGAUCAGCAGCAAGCGCUCAAGCAGCUUUAAGCGGGCCAUCGCCAAUGGACAGCGGGCACUGCCCCGGGAGGGGCUGCUAGACGAGCCGGGCCUGGGUGUCUAUAAGCGGUUUGUGCGCUACGUGGCCUACGAGAUCUUGCCCCGAGAGGUGGACCGCCACUGGUACUUCUACCGGCACCGAAGCUGCCCACCCCCUGUGUUUAUGGCCUCGGUCACUCUGGCCCAGAUCAUCGUGUUCCUGUGCUAUGGGGCCCGCCUCAACAAGUGGGUGCUGCAGACCUACCACCCUGAGUACAUGAAGAGCCCUCUUGUAUACCACCCCGGGCACCGGGCGCGGGCCUGGCGCUUCCUCACCUACAUGUUCAUGCACGUUGGGCUGGAGCAGCUGGGGUUCAACGCACUCCUACAGCUGAUGAUUGGGGUGCCCCUGGAAAUGGUGCACGGCCUGCUCCGCAUCAGCCUGCUCUACCUGGCUGGCGUGCUGGCAGGCUCCCUGACUGUCUCCAUUACUGACAUGCGGGCCCCUGUGGUGGGGGGCUCUGGCGGAGUCUACGCCCUGUGCUCUGCACACCUGGCCAAUGUCGUCAUGAACUGGGCUGGGAUGAGGUGUCCCUACAAGCUGCUGAGAAUGGUGCUGGCCCUGGUGUGCAUGAGCUCCGAGGUGGGCCGGGCUGUGUGGCUGCGCUUCUCCCCGCCACUGCCCGCCUCGGGCCCACAGCCCAGCUUCAUGGCGCACUUGGCUGGUGCGGUGGUGGGGGUCAGCAUGGGCCUGACCAUCCUGCGCAGUUAUGAGGAACGCCUUCGGGACCAGUGCGGCUGGUGGGUGGUGCUGCUUGCCUACGGCACCUUCCUGCUCUUUGCCAUCUUCUGGAACAUCUUCGCCUAUGACCUGCUGGGUGCCCAUAUUCCUCCACCACCCUGAGGAGCUCCUGGGGGCCACAUGGGCCAGGGCGUGGCCUGCAUGUCCACCUUCUGUGAAAGUAUGUCUUAAGACUGCUUCUCCCGUGAGGGCAGGUGGCCCCUGUGGCCUACUGAGUCCAAGCCAAGCCUUACACCAGCCCUGGCCCCGCUCCGAGGCCUGGGGGUGUUAGGACUGCUGGGCCAGGCUGGGUGGUGGAGGUCCCAAGGGUGGUCCCAGAGGAGACCCUGUCCUGGUCUCCCUCCAUGACUUGCAGUCUGAGCCUUUUUGGAGAAUAAAUAAAUAUUUUACACAACA